UAAGAGGGGCAUCGAGCCCGCCAUUCCUUCGCCCAGAAACCACACCUGAGCUCUUGUCUUGUUUAAUCCAACAUCUCCUCCUCCUCUUCCUCCUCCUCCUCCUCCCCCCCCUUCUUGUUGUUGUUACAAUAAUUCGCCCUCUCGGUCGAGCUCGUACUGGUCGGUCGAUCCGGAGCUGCCCCGUUCGAUGAUGGAGAGGUUACCCGUAGGCUGUGUCUCUGCUAUCUUGUCCGAAACAUCCCCUGAGGAUGUCUUCAGACUCUCCGCCGUCUCGACCACCUUUUACUCGGCUUCGGAGUGGGAAUUCAUCUGGGAGAAGUUCUUGCCCUCGGAGUACCGCGACGUCGUUUCGAGAUCGGCGGAACCGUUGAAGCCCUCGACCAAGAAGGAGCUCUUUCUUCGACUGUGCGACCCUCUUCUCAUGGAUCAAGGGAGAAAGAGCUUCAAGUUGGAGAAAUCAACUGGUAGAGUGUCUUAUGUACUAUCUGCUAGAGAGCUCUCAAUCACAUGGAGCAGCGAUCCGAUCUACUGGGCGUGGAAGUCCAUGCCCGAGUCGAGGUUUCAAGAAGUGGUGGAGCUAAAGACGGGCAACUGGAUCGAGAUCGAGGGCAAGAUAAGGACUGGGGACUUAUCGCCAAACACUCCAUACGGUGCCUAUCUCAUCAUGAAAGUCAUGAGUCGGGCAUACGGGCUCGACCUGAUGCCGUCCGAGACUUCAAUCGGGAUAGGGAAUCGGGUAGCCUGUGCCCACCUAGCGUGGUUGCAAAGCCCGAGCUGCCAGAAACAGGAGAUGGAGUGCCAAAUCUAUGGCCAUGGGGUGGAGAUGCUGAGGAAGGAGGUGGAGGAAGGAGAAGUGAGGGUCCCAAGUGAGAGGGGAGAUGGAUGGAUGGAGAUUGAGUUAGGACAGUUCUUUACUGGUGGUCCAGAAGAAAGUACUAAGGAGGUUAAGAUGAGCCUGAAGGAGGUUAAGGGCUAUCAACUGAAAGGAGGUCUCGUCAUCGAAGGAAUCGAGAUCCGCCCGAUUUGAAUAUCGAACGCAUCAGUGUUUCUUCGAGACAGUGUGAUUAAGCAGUCGACGGCAGUGAUCCUUUGAAUAAACUUAGUAAAGUUUUGCUAUGUCCAUAGGUCUAAUGUCUGAAAAGGGUACCAAAUUCGAGAACGAGGGUACAGUACAGUGGUGCAUGCCCUUACCUGUCAAUCAAGAUAUUGCAGGUACAAUUCCCGUAGUGGUAUUACUCGUGGUCCUUCAUUAGCUAUUAGGUUUUUUAUUUCGUUAUAUUAAACCGGCGGUCCUUCCUUGUGACCGAGAAAGGUACGUGAUACUAGACUCUUGUCCUCGUUUUGUGACCGAGAAAGGUACGUAGUUCUUAACUCUUAGUAUUAAAGGAGUCGAGAUUAGAUCCAGAGAAAGAGUGAAGGUUUUAUAAUCCCUUCGCCGGAGGAGUACUAGUUGAGCCCGUAGAACUGUCAAGUCGAAAUUGCCCUCCACCUUUGAGUUCUUCCGUAUCUUUCUGGUUAAUCUGUAUAGGUUUUACGAGCAUCUUUUAUAAGGAUGUGUUCCUUUUCUUCGGGAUGGUUUUGUUAAUAAGAUGAUGUUUUUGGAGAUUGUUGAAUAGCAUCUCCUUAGUUCCAAUGAAUGCAGUUGGUUUUGUUUUAUGUUUUA